AUGCCGCCCCAGAUCAAGCAGGACUUGAACCGCUCGGGCUGGGAGUCGACCGACUUCCCGUCCGUGUGCGAGAACUGCCUGCCGCCGAACCCCUACGUCAAGAUGCUCAAGGAGGACUACGGCGCCGAGUGCAAGAUCUGCACCCGCCCCUACACCGUCUUCGCCUGGGCCGCCGACCGCGCCCACGGCCGCAAGAAGCGCACCAACAUCUGCCUGACCUGCGCCCGCAUGAAGAACUGCUGCCAGUGCUGCAUGCUCGACCUGCAGUUCGGCCUGCCCAUCCAGCUGCGCGACGCCGCUCUCAAGAUGGUCGCCCCGGGCCCCUCGAGCGAGAUCAACCGCGAGUACUUCGCCCAGAACAACGAGAAGGCCAUCGAGGACGGCGGCGCCGGCACCGAGGAGUACGAGAAGACCGACGAGAAGGCCCGCGAGCUCCUGCGCCGCUUGGCCAACAGCAAGCCCUACUUCCGCAAGGGCCGCGCCAUCGAGGACGGCGGCGGCUCGCCGUCGUCGCCGGGCGGGAACGCCGCCGUGGGCGCCGGCGCCGGCGGACCGGGUCCCAUACGAACGCGCGACUCGCGAGCGGCAGCGGCGGCCGGGGCAGGUAGAGGAGGGGGGCGGGGCGGAGGAGGAGGAGGAGGACGGGGAGGCGGCGGCGGGAGAGGCGGGCGGGCGUUCCCGAGCGCGUCGCAGCUGCCGCCGGGGCCGAAGGACUGGGAGCCGCCGGCGGACCAGACGAUCAUGAGCCUGUUCGUGACGGGGGUGGAGGACGACCUGCCGGAGCACAAGAUCCGGGACUUCUUCCGGGAGCACGGCAAGAUCAAGUCGCUGAUCUGCAGCCACAUGUCGCACUGCGCCUUCGUCAACUACGAGACGCGCGAGGGCGCGGAGCGCGCGGCCGACGCGUGCCGCGGCCGCGCCGUCGUCGCCGGCUGCCCCCUGCGCGUCCGCUGGUCCGUCCCGCGCGCCGUCGGCACCAUGAACAAGGAGGAGCGCGCAGCCAUGGCGCGCGACGGGCGAUCGGCCUUUGCAGGCCAGCACCCGCGGCGCGGCGGCGGUCGCCGGGCCAUCGGCGCUCCGCCGGGCCAGGAAGGCGCUGGCGAGGCCGACCAGGACCUCGAGAGCACGCCCGUCAUCGCGCCGCCCCCGGGGGCGGCCAAGGUCAACUACGCGAGUCUGUCUGGCGAUUGA